AUGGCGCUGCCCUCUGUUUUGUUUUCAUCGUCUGCUGACAGUUUCAAACCACAUGAAUUUGUUCGACACAUUUUGAAAGUUCCAGAACUACCACAGCCACAAAUCGUCAGUGACCAUAUUGAAAGAUAUGAGUGGUCGUUUGAAACAAAAUAUUACAGUGCCAGAGCGCAUCUUUGUACUACAGACGUAAGAACCAUAGGAGAUCAAGAGUUUGCAGAAUCUGUUCAGGCAUUCAUUCACUUUUUUGAUCCCAAUGUUCCUCCAUCAUUUGAACUGGCAAAAGCUUGGCUGCCCUAUCUAGAUCACAUUAAUCCAGAUAUUCUCAUGCUGGUGUGCAACACGAGUCGGAACUCUGAUGCCAUUCAGCGGAAGGUUGCUCUAGAAUGGUGCAUACAGAAUUCCUUUGAGCUGGUGGAAUUAUACCCGGAGCAAGAAAGUGAUGAUGAAGAGGAUGAUUUCCCAGAAACAACAGGAAUGGCCAGAAUCAUUCAAGCUCUGCAUGCACAUACUUGGCCAAACUUGGACAUGAAAGAUGCAGUCACUGUUCAGAGCCCUUAUCUGAGACACAUGAUGCAGGAACAACACAUUCUCAACAAAGAGCUGCACAGUAUUGGCAGCCCAGUGCCUGUCCAACAUUCCUCUGAAUUAUCUCAACUGCUGGCUAAUUCAAACACAUUGGAAAGAACAAGUAACGAUGAUGCUAAUGCUCAGAAUGUGAAUGCUGUUGAUAGAACAGACGAGCCUGAGCCUACGAGUCAAACUAUAGACACUGCAUCUAACAACAUAGGUCAGUCAGGUACUGGCAAAGAGACUGCUCCAAAUGUCACAACAUCAGACCUGGAAGAUGUUUUGCUGCCUGAUGACAUUGACUGGAAGACCUUACUGGUAGAUGGUGGUGAAGCAGAUGAAUCCACUUCAGGCAGUCAUGUAGAUGUGGAUGAUUUUGAACAGUUGUUCAUGAAACUGAAAGUUAUGAAAGAUAGAGCAGAAAAUCUACCUCCAGAGGAAAGAAAGAAAUAUGCAGAAAAGGUGGCUGUCUGCUUCUGGAAGGCUAUUGGGGGAGAUGAAGAUGAAAUUACUGGACUGGAUGAUUCUGAAUAA